AGAGCAGCAACAUUAGCUGAUAAACUUCAGUUUCACUUCUGCAGCGACGAUAAAAUGUCAGUUUGUCUGUUUUUAGAGGAAAAGAAGCCAAAUAUCAGCGCGACGAGCCGCCAGGUGUCAACCAGCCGCCUGACAGCCUCUACCUGAGAGGAAAGCAGAGAGGAAGGUGGGGAGGAUGGAUGGAGUCAGCUGGAGCAGCAGCAGGACUCAGGAGUCCUUCAGCCGCUCCAGGACCGCAGCAGACACUCUGUCCAGACUCGCCAGCUUCAUCGCCCGCGCUGACACCAAACCACACACACAACACAAGAGGCAGCAGCAGCAGCAGCACCAGGCCCACCAGGCCCACCAGGCCCAGCAGCACCACCAGGCCCACCAGGCCCAGCAGCACCACCAGGCCCACCAGGCCCACCAGGCCCAGCAGGCCCAGCAGCACCACCAGGCCUCAUACGUGUGUCCAGAGUGUGGUAAAGGCUUCCCUUACGCCACAGAUCUGUUGCAGCACCAGGAGGUGAAACACUCGUUACCCAAACCCCACCGCUGCUCCUCCUGCCUCCAGGAGUUCUCCCUCAGGUCCUCCUUACAGCUGCACAGGUGCAGCCACAGCUCCUCCCUGUGUGAUGGAGAGUCGGAGGGUCCUCCCUGUCCCACCUGCAGCCCAGACCCUGUCCCGCCCCCCCACCGCCAGCCCCCCCUCCUGGACAUCAGCCCCUACGCCUGUGCUCCUUGUGGGCGGGGCUUCAGCCACAAACAGGCUCUGCUGCACCACCAGCAGGCCGGGUGUAGUGAACCAGCGUCUCCGUCAGAUAUAGUGGACGCUAGCAGCCUGCCAGAUGAUUCUCCUGCAGGUUCUGAGGCAGACUCCACCCAGUCGGACUCCUCAGAGACCCUGCUGGGGUCCGGCAGCAGCAGCAGGGCGCUCAGCGUCUGUCACUUCUGCUCCAAGAUGUUCCGCACUAAGGUGGGCCUGCAGCGCCACAGUGAGAGCAGCCACGCCGAGGAGGCGCCGAGGCCUCCGCAGGGAGCCAGGAGCAGAGCAGGGACGCUGAACGGAGAUCUCCUUAUAAAGACAAAACCCAGAAAGAAGCUUCUGAACUGCCGCUCCUGCGACAUGGUGUUCAGGAGGACCUCGGAGCUCUACAUGCACAGGAAAGAGAAGCACAGCAGGGAGAAACAGACCAGGAGAGAACCCAGACCGGCGGCCAGGAAACGACGCAGGAGAGCAGGAACUUAUCCCUGCCAGGUCUGUGGGAAGGUCUUCAUCCACCAUUUAUCACUUAGGGCUCAUUACAAACAGCACACACACUCAAACUUCACCACAAUCACAAACCAGCCUGUAGAAUCUACUGCCAAAGACUCUCAAAGACCAAAUCAUAAAGUCAUAGUAGAGAAGAAGGCUGGACCAGGGAGACCCAGGAAAGUUCCCCGCUUAGAGAGCAAGGUCCAGGAUCCAGGGAGGAGGAGCAGAGAAGUGCCUGACGAAGAGGAGGAGGAGGAGGAGGAGGUGCAGAGGGAGUUCCCGUGCCCGUCCUGUGCUGAGGUCUUCUCCCAGCAGUCCCAGCUGAGGGAGCAUGUGGAGCUGCACCAGUCCAGCGUGAGGAGGAGAGCGUGCAGCGUGUGCAGCGACCACAUGGACUCCUGCAGGUGGUCGGGCUCCCGGAGGCCCCGACCCUACCACUGUGUCCCCUGCCGGCAGGCCUUCACCGCGCUGGACGCCUUCCUGCAGCACUGCCAGGAGCACCUGAGGCUCCGGGUGGAGGAGGACUCCAUCUCAGAGGCCUGCACACAGCAGCUCCUCAAGGCCUGACGCUAGCACGGACGCUAGCUAGCAGGAGACGCUAGCAGGAGACGCUAGCAGGAGACGGAGGACAAGGUGAUAAAAACCAGGUCAAACAGUAAAUCUGAUGAAAUGAUCUCGCUGCAUGGACAGAUAAUUUACCUUGACAAGAUUUAUUACAUUAAGAUUAUUAAAUCUAGAAAUAAGCAUGUUGAACAUAGGGUUGUCACCAUACUAAAAUGUUCAACUGAAUACCAUUUUCGAUACCACCAGGAUAAAAACAAAGACCCCAAAAUUUAACAGAAAUAUUUUUAUUAACAAGAAAAAUACAACAUGUAAAAAUGAACAGAACCACAGGUUAAAUAUUUAUAAUAAAAACAGUUGUGCAAAAAGAAACUGCAGCUAUGAUAACAAGCUUCAGAUACUCGAUACAGGGUUUAACCAGGG